AUGGCUCCCUUAUCAAACUACAUUUCUUUCCUUUUCCUCACUACCCUUGUGUUGCCUCUUCAUAUCACUGCAAGAGACAGCCAGUUCUUUAGCAAGGUCACCCAUUUCAACAACAACAACAAUGUCAAAGAGACUGAACUUCCCAACAAAGAAGCACCAGAAAUAAACAAGCCUGAACCACAACCAGCUUUCAUUCCUGAGACUGAAAACAGCUAUGGCCUAUAUGGUCAUGAUGAGUCCAAUGAACUUCCUUCCAACACCCCCACUCCCACUUCUUACCACCCCUACAAGGCUCAGUUUGAGGACCCCACCAAAUACCCCAACCCCAAAAACAAGUACUACAACAAUGAUGCCUACAACAAGAAGUUUUACAACAAGGAUGCUUAUGGGGGUAACCAAUAUGAGUUAAGUGACACCAA